ACGAGUCGACGAUCUGCUGCCUCACAAACACUAACUACCAAUUUUCUGGAACAUUUCUGGAGUUCAUGUCUGAAAACAGCUUAAUACACUAAAUGUUUUUUCCUUUAAAUCUUCAACCGUCUGUACAUUUUGCGGAGUUUAAUUAGUUCCACCUCCGCCCUGUGAUGUCACCAGGACCUGUUCUCACCUGUUCUCUGUCCUGAUGACUGCAGGUGGUUUGCGGUCUGUGGUGGAGGAGCUGGAGCUGGAGAGGAAUCAGCUGCAGGAGCAGAUCCUGAGUCUGGAGGAGCGCUGUCAGGAUCUGGAGGAUCGACUGCAGCUGCAGGCGCGGAUCGAGGCGUUGCAGAAUGAGUCGGAGAGACUUCAGAGUCAACUCGCCAGCGUCCGAAGUCAACAGAGCAGAGAUGCAGAGAAACACCAGCUGCUGGUCAGCAGUCUCAACGACCAGCUCAAAGGCCUGAGUAACACUCAGGAGUGUCUGGAAAGUUCCCUGAUCGAGAAGGAAAACACUUUGGCUAAAACGUCGGAGAAACUUGAGCUGAUCAGCAGCCUCAGAGAAUCUCUGAGCGAGAAAGAGAUUCAGUACAAAGAAGUGUCCGACAGGCUCCUUCAGUCUGAGCACGCUCUCGACAACGUCUCCAGGAAAUGCAGCAGCUCAGAGAAACAGUGUUCGGAGCUGAAGACAGAAGUUUCUGAGCUCACGCAGAAGUUUACUGUUCUGAAGGAGAAGACACAAAAGCAGGAAGUCACCAUAGAAGCUUUACAAACGGAGCUGGAUCAGACAAAUGAGGAGCUGGACAAGCUAAACUCCGCCCACCUGGAGGAACGAGCCCAACUCAUUCACGACCUUCAAACCUGUGAGCGGGAAAUUGACAGUCUCAAAGAAAUUCUGGUGGAAAAGGACAAGGAGAUAUCAAGCCUCUCUUCCAACAUGGUGGAGUACGCGGAACAGAUCACGGUUCUGAAGCAGGAGAUCAAACUCAAAGAGGAGAACCUGGUUCAGGUAGAGACGUCGCUGAGGAGAGCAGAACAGGAAGCCAUGAUCAUCAGAGACUCGCAGAAUUCAGACCAGCAGUCUCUGCACAACAAGUUCACAGAGGCGGUGGAGAAACUCAAGGACACGGAGACAGAAUUAGUCAAGGCCAAAGAGGAGAGAGAGUCCAAAGAGGCUGAGCUGGAACAACUGAUGAAGCAGGUCGAAGACGACAAGAAGACUAUUCAGGAGCUUCGAGUGGAGAUUCAGAAACAGACUGUGAGCCAUCGUCAUCAUCUCUCUGAAUGUGAAACACACAUCACCUCACUAAAGGAGCAGCUGAGUUUGUCAACAGAAAAGCUGCAGGAGUCAGAGGGACUCGUUUCACAGCUCAAGGACAAAGACAUCAACAAUGAGAGAUUACAGCAGGAGCUUCAUGACAAAGAGGAGACGUAUGAAAAAGAGCUGAAAUCCUUCAAGGAAGAGCACAACACACUCCUGGCACAGGUGGAAAAAUACGAGAGCGAAAUCCAGACAUUGUCCAAACAGUUAGAGGAGAAAGUGCAGAGCGAAGAGCAGAUCAGGAAAGAGAUGCAAGAGAAGGUGGAAAGAAUAGUAACAUUGGAAAAGCAGCAAAAGGUAAAUGAUAAACAAACGUCAGAAAAACAGAAGCUGAGCAAUGAGCUAAAAAACAAAACCGAAAACAUCUCCAAGCUCAAGAACCUGUUGAAAAGCACCAAGACGGAAAAACAGCAGCUGACUGAGGAGCUGGAGCUUCAGAGGCAGAACGUCAAAGAGCUUCAUGAAAAGUUGACGUCUGCACUCGAAGUCAACAGCGGCCUGGAGCAUCAACUUCACUGCCUCACGCAAGAAAAACACACACUUGAAGCGGAAGUGAGUGAAAGUGUGAAGCACAUUUCAGAGGUCACAACUGAAAAUGAUUCUUUACAAGACAAGUUAUCCACACUGGCGACCCAGAGUUCACAGAAUGACAGAGUCAUUGAGGGGCUACGAAGAGAUAAAGAGGAACUGACUCUUCAAAUCAAUGAGUUAAAUGGAAUCCUUGAGCAAAGCACACACUCAAACUCAGAGAUGCUGCUGGAGAAAACCAACACAUGUAGUCGCCUCAACCAGGACCUCAGGGAGCGGGAGGAGAAAGUGGCCGAGCUGCAGGAACAUGUGAAAAACUUGACUUCUGAGGUCAAGCAGCUCCGGUGCGACGUGGCAGAAAAGGAGAAAACCGCCGCUGAGCUUCUCGCACAAUUCAAGGCCGAACAAAAUCAGCGAACACAAACCGAGGAAACUGUUUGUCAGCUGCGAGGACAAGAGAGCAGCCUGAGGUCUGAGGUAGCGGAGAAGGACGCCGCGUUGAAAGAGAAGCAGGACGAGUGUCGACGUUUGCAGGAUGAAAUCACAGCUCAGAAAAACAUGGUAGUCAAGCUGCAGGAGGAGCACUCACAACUCAGACUGCAAGUUCAGACGAGAGAGGAAAUGUUGGACGAUACGACACGACAAUGUCAGAAUCACAAAGACGAACUGAACGCAAUGAACGAGACUGUCAAAUCUCAGAGCGAUCAAAUCAGGGUCAUGGAAGAAAAUGCCAGAAAGCUUCAGAAUGAAGCAGAGUUGCGACAAACGGAGCUGACUCGCUUGAACAACCACAUCCAGACUGUCACCGAGGAGAACCAACAAAUCAGAGCUGCGGCUGAAGCCAGAGAGGAGGAGCUCGCUCAUCGAACACAGGUUUCAUCAGAACUUGACUCGCAGCUUCAAACGACCCUCGAACGUAACUCCAGUCUGAGCACGAAGAUCAGCAAACUGACAGAAGAUAAUCAGAGACUGCAGGAAGAGUUAGAGCAGAACAGUAGAUCAAUGUCUGAACAGACCACCGAGACGAGUUUACUCCGAGAAAAAAUUGCUGGGCUCGAAAUCCAUAUUUCAGACAACGAGGAACGAAUCAGCAGCUUGUUGAAGGAGAAGGAGGAGCUGAGCGCUGCCGCAGAUGAAUUAAAAAACAUCCUCAAGGAGAGUGAACUCACAAACUCAGCAGGUUUGCUUGAGAAAACGAGUGAAUGUGCUAAUCUGUCAAAAACACUGAGAGAGAGAGAAGAACUACUUCAAAGUUUACAGGAGGAAGUUGACGGUCUAAAAAUGCAAGAGAGUCAACUCAACAUGUCUCUGACGGAGAAAGAACAGACGUUAUCAGAACGGAGGAGUCAGUCUGAGGCUCAGCAGGAUCAACUGCUGCAACUUCACGACACCGUAUCUGCGCUUCAGGAACAAGCGUCCGUCUUAAAGUCCGGGCUGAUGGAGAAAGACGCAUUGAUUCAGCAGAAAGCGGAGGAAUGUAGCGUUUAUCAGAAGGAAGUCACGCUACAGAAAGAGCUGGUGUCGCUGCUGCAGGGUGAGGUGGAAUCCACGAAACGCACGAUAGAGCAGAAAGAACAGACGUUAAACAAAGUGUCGAAGGAGUUUCAGAACCACAAAGAUGAGCUGAACAAACGAAACGAGUCAGUGAUUUCACUCAGCGGUCAGCUCGGUGCCAUGAAUGAGAACGCAGCAGAGAUGGAAGCUGAAAUUAGCAACCUGAAGGCGGCCGUGCAGAAACUCCACGCAGAAAACUGUCAGCUGACACAAGAGGGCGGCCAGAGCAAAGCAGAGAUUAUUGAUUUUAGAGACAGCGUUCAGGCUCUGAAUGAGCAGAAUACAAGAUUGAAAUCUGAACUUCUGAACACGGUGACAGUUCUGUCCAAAGCACAAGAAGAAGUCGCAAAUCUCAAAAAAUCAGUCAACGAUAUGGAGAAUGAGCUCAAGACGGCGUUCUCCGAGCAGGAGGCUCUUAAUUUGAGCGUGAAGGGAAAAGACGACCGCCUGAAACAGCAGGAGAGUUUGAUCCAGCAGCUCAACGGUAGAAUCGCUGAGCAGGAGCAGCGGCUGAAGCAAAACGCAGAUGACAACGUCAGUUUACGCGCAAAAGUUUCCGAGCUGGAAGAUUCUGCCAGUAAGCUCAGAGGUCAAGUUGACAGCCUUACUGCAGAGUCGUCCAUCCUGAAAAACACGCUAGAGAAAAAGGAACAUUUCAGCCUUGAAUAUCAGAGUCAUUCUACAGCCGCUGUUGAAAAUCUUAAUUCAAAUCUACAAGCUAAAGAGGCAGAAGGUGAGAGGUUGAAGGAACAGAUCUCACACCUUGAAGAAUCCGUCUCAAAGCUCGACAGCAACCUCCGAGCACAGUUGGCUGAAUCUGAAAACCUGAAAAAGGCCCUGGUGGAAAAAGAAGCUGCUCUUCUGACCCAGUCCAAGUCUCUGCAGGACGUUCAGAGACAAGCAGACGCGUCUUUGCUGUUUAAAACACAGUUCAUGGAAAGCACUGAGUUAGUGUCGCAGCUACAGAGUCAAAUUCAGCUCCUGUCCGCAGAGUAUGAAAACCUCAGAAAGUCUGCAGAGGAAACACACAGUGCCUUCAAUAACCUGCGAGAGAAAUAUGCAGCCAACUUGGAGGAAAUGCAAGACGUGAGGACGCAACUGUCCCAUCGAGCUGAUGAGGUGUCCGACCUUCGGAAGUUACUGGAUGAUUCCAAUAACGAACGUCAGACGGCGAAGACGACCAUAGAAACACUGAGAAACCAGUUUUCAGAUAUCCAACACAAACUUGAGGAAACCAAAGACCUGAACUCGAGUCUCUCAAAGGAAAAGGAAGAAGCCUUUUCUUCUCAUCAAGCGAGUGUGUCGCUGCUCACCGUGGAGAUAGAAAGGCUCAAAUCACAACACCUUCAAGUCGCUGCACAAAUGAACGCGCUGACAGAAAACCUGGAGCAGAGGGAAAUGGCUCUGCAUGCGAUCAACAGCCAGUACACAGCUCAGGCUAAAAAUGCAUCUCAGCUGGUUUCAGAAAUGCAAAAACUAGAGGAGCAGAAUAAGAGGCUGAGCGAGGAAGUGAGUUUGUCAAAGGCAGAGCAUCAGAAGCAUCUUGCCACCGUCUGUAAUGAGAGUUCACGUUUGCAGGAGGAAGUUAGGAAGCUUCUUGCAGAGAGGGAAGAGCUGGAAAGGAGUCACCAUCAGAUCCGGACAUCGCAUGGGGAGCUGCAGCUUCUCAUGGAGCAGCAGUCCAGCAGCACGAAGGAGAACAUGGAGCAAAUGGUGACGGAGAGGGAGAGCCUUCAAGCAAAGGUUAGUGCCAAAGACGAAGAACUCUCUCAGUUAACAGAGAACAUUCAAAAGAUAGAGCAAAUUCUGCAGGACUCAGAGAAAGAGUGGCUGUCAGUUCUGGAUAAAGAGAAGCAGGAUAAGAAUCAACUUGCAGAACAAUUGAAAAGUGUUGAAAAUGAAAAGAAAUCUAAAGAUGUUAAAGUUAAUGCGUUGAAACAAGACUUGGACAGUUUGCAGGAGAAGCUAGCGGAGGCUUCCUCGGCAGUUAGACAAGGGUCUGAUCAACUGAGCGCCAAAGAGUCGGAGGCGUCAGCCUCCAGGAUUCAACUUGAGAAGGUGUUAGCAUCUUUUCAGGAAAAGGAUAAAGAGAACCAUGAUUUGCAGCAGGCUUUAAAUUCUGUGGAAUAUGAGUUAGAAAAACUUCUGCCAAGAAAAUUACGCUCUGACAAAGAUUCCACCUCCUCUGAGAAAUGUGCUGCUCUGAAUAAAAAACAAGCGUCUUUACAGAACAUGAUAAAACAGUUAGAGGAAAGACAUCAGUCUGAGGUAGAGGCUCUAAGAAAUGAGUUGGAUAAAACGCUUAAUGAAGGAGGGAGGAGUGAGGAGGAGAAGGGUCAACAACUUGCUCUUCUACGAGACAGCGUAGAGCGUUUACAGACGCAGCUCAGUGCUGAGUCAGAGAAAGAGAGAGAAGCCGCUGUCAAACUCUCGUUGUUACACAGUGAGUUACAAGCAAAAGAUGAGCAGGUCAACAGUCUGGGCAUUCAGAUAAAUCAGCAGAAGGAAUUACUCGCAGGACUUAGUCAGCAGAUGAGAGAUAACGAUGCAUCCGUCGCCCAAGUCAUGGAAUCUGCCUCCAACGAAAGAGUGAAACUGUGUGAGGAAAAAACUUCCCUGAUGGCACAAGUGGAAAACUUGCAGCGAGCACACGAAACCUCCAUGAAAAGGUUCGAAGAGAUUUCUCAGCAGCUAGAAGAUGAAGUCUCUCGUUCUCAAUGUGAAAUCAGCUCCAAGAAUUCAGAGAAGCUUGAGCUGCUUCGGGAAAACGACGAUCUGAAAGGUGAACUCGCCAAACUGUCUAAAGAAAAAGACGCCCUGAAGAAGAAGCUUCAAGCUUCUCUUGUCGUGAGAAAGGAUCUGUUGAAAAAAAUGGACCAGUAUGAAAACCAAAAAGAAGAGAGUGUGACCUCUGAGAAAAGGGAAGUUUCGCUUUUACAGGAUAAACUACAGGAAAUAACACACCAAGCUCAGGCGACAGCAAAAAUAUAUCAGGAACAAGUUUCCCUUCUUGAACAGACAAUUCUAGAGAGAGAGGGAGAGAUUGUUGAACACAAAACACAGAGUGAGAGACUUCUCGAACAGCUGCAGUCAGAAAAACGAAUUCUGCAGAGCACGUUGAAUCAGAAAGAAAUGUGUUUGUUAGAAAACCUGCAAACAAUUAGUGACAAGACCUUCACCAUCGAGCAGCUGCAGUCCAGCGCUGCAGAGACAGAAAAGGCUUUUGAGCGAGACAGAAACGCUUUGAUCCAGAAGGUGGAGGAGCUUCACGAUGAAAUCAAGACAUGUAAGAAUGAGUUAAAGGAGAAAUCUUCGUCUGCUGCUGCGGAGUUAGAAAGUGAGCUUGCACAGGUGAAGUCAGAAAAGGCCAUUCUACAGAAGAAAGCCCAGGCUGCUUUGCUGUCACGCAAAGAGACGAUGAAGAAAGCUCAAGAGAAUGAAAAGAAAUUAACUCAAGAACUGGCUGAGCUGAAAGACGACUACAAGGCUCUGCUGGAGCAACGCUGUCAGCAGACGAACGAGCUGAACGCCAUCCAGUUAAACUUUGACGAGAAGCUCAGGGAGCUGGAGAGCCUCCAUAAAACCUCUUUGUCAUAUCUGGAUGAACUGGGCACUUUGAGGCAGCUGGUCGAGGAGCGGGACAAAACCCUUCAGGACCUGAAGAUGUCUCUGGCUGAGAAAGAGAGCCAGUGUCAUUCUCUGUCACACGUUCAGUCAGAGCUGGAAACCGUUAAAUCCCAAGCUGAGAAAAUGUCUCUGGAGAUGGCAAGCAAAGAGGAUGUUCUCGUAGUCAUGGAGCAAAGAACAGAAGCUUUGACGUCACAACUUCAUCUUGCCGAGAACAACUUGGAGAGAGCACGAGAAGAGUUACAAGAGAAAGAAGAAGAGAUUGAGAAAUAUAAGCAAACAAUCAGGGUCGUCGAGGACGUGACCCAACAGGAGAAGCAAGUGAACAUCUCUGCCGAACACAAGUUUAAAAUCUUAGAGGAAGAAAAGGAAGCUGCUUUAGAGCAGGUGAAAGUGGAACUUGAGACAGCUCUUGCUUUAGUUUCACAGAAAUCCCUGGAAGUUUUAACCAUCCAAAAGACGCUAACUGAAACUCAGCAGCAGCUCAGUGAGGACAAACAUGUUUUGACUGAGGAGCUUGAAAAAGCACAACUGCAUUGUACCGAGACAGACAAGGUUUUGGAUUCCUUGCGUCAAGAAAGAGAAAAUGCCUUUCAAUUAGUCUGUGAUCUCAGAGGUGAGGUGGCCACGCUCAACGAGCAACUGAAGGAGGCAGAGACGCUCAACGAGCAGCUCCAUCAAAAGAUGCCUGAGAAGUUUGAAGUGAAACUGAAGGAGAGAGACGAAGCUUUGUCGGUCUCUCAGGCUCGAGUAGCAGAAAAGGACGAGCUUAUUGCUGCACUUGAACUGCAGUUACAGCAGCAAUUAAAAAUGCACGAAACUGUCAUUGAAAGAAUGAGAGUCGAUGCUGAUCAGCAUCAGAGAUCUCAAGAAGACGGCAACAAAGCAAACAACCAAGACAACCAAAGCAAAAUCACUCUCCUGACCAGGAAACUACAAGCUGCGUUAGUAUCCAGAAAAGAACUCUUGAAGGAAAAUACAGCACUCAAGGAAGAAGUGGAAAAGCUUUCAGCCACACAUGAAGCCAAAACAGCUGAAUACUCUGACCUGGAAUCAUCAGUUUUCAAGUUGAAACAACAGAAUACAGAUCUGGAAACAUCUGUGUCGUCACUGAACAAGGAGAAAGACGAGCUCAACUCCCAAAUUGAUAGAAUCCGUAAUGAGAAUCGCAGUCUGUCAGCGGCUUGUGACAGCUUGAAACUAACCAUAGAAAACAUCACUCAGCAGAAGCAAGCCUUCUCAUGUCAGCUGGAAUCUCUGAAGGACUCUCAAACUGACGAGUUGUCCAAGUGGAAGUCGAGGCACGCUGAGCUGAAGCAGGAGUACGAGUCUCUGUUGGAGGCUUAUGAAAAUGUUAGCAGUGAAAUGGACAAAAUGAGGCUGCUUCUGGAGGGGGCCAAACGAGACAGACAGGACGCCCUCCGCAAAGCACACAAGCAACAGGCGGAGAUGGAGACGAUGGAGAAGCAAGCCAGAGACAUGGAGGAGGAAAAUGAAAGAAUCAAAGAGAGGAUGCAAAAAUCUUUCAAAGAGAAACUGCUGAAGAUUAAGGACCUGGAGGAAGAGAAUCAGAAAAUCAAACUGGAGUUGACUGAGCAUGAAGGAAAGCAGGAAACAUUGAUGUGCGAGCUCACUGACAGAAAUAAAGAACUGGAGUCUGAGAUCUGUCGACUUAAAGAGUCAUCAGAGGAGCUCAGAGAGAAAGUUACUGAGAUCCAGGCUGAGAAAAGCCAACUGGAAGAAAAGUUUGAAGAGGCCAACACGUCCUUGGAAAAUAAGCACAUGGAAUCAAACACAUACACAAACAACAUGCAGCUGAAACUCGAUGAAGCACUCGGCCUGAAUAAUUCUCUGACCGCUCAGAUUGAGGCCCAGAAGACAGAGCUCGGUGCUCAGUCGGAAAUCAACAACUUGUUACAAAAGGAGAAGAAAACUCUUUCUGAAAGAAUUGAGGAGUUACAGAAUGAUCACGAGCUGCAGUUGGGAAAGAAAGACGACGUCGUCAAAGAGCUGAGGGACGUUAUCAACCGUCACAGCCAAGAGACGAUAAGUCUGAACGAGAAGGUGAGAAUCUUGGAGGAUGACAAGUCUCUUCUGCAGGAGGAGCUUGAAAACGUUCAAGAGAUUUCGGACAAAGUGAAAAAUGAAAACGAGUAUUUGGAGACCGUGAUCCUCAAGAACUCUGAAAAGAUUGACGAGCUGACAGAGUCCGUCAGCGCUUUGCAAACCCAGAACACGCAGCUGUCGUCUCAGCUGGCGGCCAUUAAGGAGAGGAGCGAUCAGGUCCGACAACAAAAAGAAGAGGAGCAACUCAAAUUGGUCCGAGAGUUUGAGGAGAAACUCAAGACGGUGCAGAGAGGCAACGAGGGCUCCAAGAAUGUGAGGAACGAAUUACGAGAGCUGCUCAAAGAAAAGCACCAGGAGAUAAAUCAGCUGCAGCAAAACUGUAUCAGAUACCAAGAACUGAUUUUAGAUUUAGAGAGCUCUUUGAAGAGCUCGCAGUCAGCCUGUGAACUCUUGGAGAAAGAAGUGAAGAAAGGUUCAGAGAAAAUAUCGGCUCUGGAAGAGAGAAGUAAAGAAGUUGAAGCUGCGCUGAUAACAAACAGAAAUCUUCUCCAGGAGGCGACAGACAAGAUUCAGAGUGUCCAGUCUGAGAAAGAACAGCUGCUUCUGGAAAUGUCCCAGCAAAGUAAAAAGUGUGAAGAGCAGAAAACUUUGCCACAAAAUAUGGACGAGAGGCAAAUAAAUGCAUAUAUGGAGAAUCAGUUUAUGUUGCAGCAACAGAUAGACGACCUCAAAGAGUUGAAAGACAACGAAAGUCUAAAAGUGAAUGAACUGAAACAACAUGUAGACGCUCAGAAUCUUCAGAUUAACACUCUGAGGAGAGCAGCCGAGACGAAUGAAGCCAAACUCUCAGCUCUAUCGUCCACUCCUCAAGGGGCAGAUCGGGCAAAACGCUGGAGCGAAAUGUACCAGAAGACGUUGAACGAGAAGGACAACCAGCUCCUGGAACAGGGCUUUGUGAUCAAAAGAUUCCUGGAAGACAUGAGAGUGAAAGACAAAGAGGUGAAUGAGCUACGAGUUACCAAGUCAAGACUGGAGAGGACACUGAACGAAUACUCCGUCGCUGCUGCUGCACAACAGAGGCAGCUGUUUGUAAUGAGCGCAAGCAACGCUGAACUGAGCGAGUCCGCGGAGCUCAUGACUGUGCAGGUGAAGGAACUCAGCGCCCACGUGGAAAGAACAGAACGUGAUAAAAACGGACUGAACCGGCGGCUCGCGGACAAAGAGGAUGUGAUUUCUCGAAUGCAGCUAAAUCUCCAGCAGGUGGAGACGAUAAAUACCGACAUGGACGCUCAGCUGCUGCUCCUACAAACUCAAAACGACAAACUUCAAUCGGACUUUGAGAAACAGGAGGGAAUUUCUCUGCAACUGAAAACGCUGCUUCAGAGCAAAGAUGCCGAGAUCUCGUCUUUGCUGUCCUGUCGAGACGGGCAAAUGUCAGGCUAUCUGGAGCAGCUCCAAGCUAACUAUCGCUCGCAGGUCGCAGUUUACGAGGACAGGUUAACAUCUUUACGCUACCAAAGGGAAAAGGCUGAUAAAGGGUCAAGAGGCCUUGAAGCUAAAGUCAAAAGUCUGCAAAUUAAAGUUAACAAGUCUGUCCAAGAAAAGGAGCAGAUGGCAGCAAAGAUGGAAUCAUUCAAGAACUCGAUGGUGUCUUUACAAAGCGAACGGGAGCGACUCAUGUCAGAAUACAGAAUACUGGAAGCUAAGAGUGAGUUGGGGUUGAAGGGUAAAGACGGCUCUGCUGAUGGGGAAGGUGGUGCAGCCAAAGGCCUCAAACAUGAGAUCAGGAAAUUGUUGCAUCAGAUGGAUGAUCUCAACUCGGAGAAUGCGAUGCUAAGGGCUCAACUGGUUCGAUACAGGGAGGAUCUGAAUCAAGUUUUAUCCCUGAAAGACAACCAGUUGAAGGUGCUGCUGAAGAAGCAGCAGGACGUGAUUAAAAACCUGGAGAACCAAAAGGCUGCAGUAGACAUGCAGCACAGAAAGUCUCGGUUGGAGCUGCAGAAGGAGGAAGAGGUGAGCGAUUCGUUGAAAGAGGAGAUUUCUAAACUUACAGCUCAGGUUUCAAAACUGGAAAUGGAAAUAUCAACUCAGAAAAAUGACAGAGCCUCAACAAAUGUGGGCAAAGUGAUUUCUGAUUUGCAGGAGGCUGUGGCAGCGAAAGCAGCGGAGUGUAAUGACCUCCAGCAGAAACUUUUCUCUCAGAAAACCUUAAAUGAUGAGCUCAAUGCAAAAAUGCAGCUGGUCGAAAAGGAGACGGACAAAAAACUGGCUGAGGCGGAAGAUAAAUACAACACCGAGCUGGACACCUUCGAGCGCGAGGUGGAGCUGAUGAGGAAUGAGCACGAGACCGCUGAGCAACGAGUGGCAGAACUCGCCAAAGACCAUCUCCAAGUGGAGCAGCAGUUAUCAGAGGCCAAAACUCAAAGUAAAGAUGUGAUGGCUCAGAACGAGUCUCUGUGCAAAGCCAUGGCUGCUCUACAGAACGACCGAGAUCAGCUCAUCGAAGACUUCAAGAUCCUGAGGAACAGAUAUGACGAAGAGCUCAGAGAGACUCAGGCAGCGCUGAACAAGGUGGAGCGCAGCCUGCAGGACGCCACCUCUGACCUGGCCAUGUUUGCCAAAGAGCGGGACAUCCUUGUCCAUAAAGUCAACGCUUUGGAGAGCAAGGACACCGACGCAGAGCUGAGCAAGUUGUUGGAUGAGCUGACGAAGGCCUUGUCGGAGAAGGAGCGGGAACUGAAGCAGGUCGCCAUGGAAAAUAUCACGUACAGCCGGCAGCUGUCGGCGUUCUCCAGAUCAAUGGCCAGCCUCCAAAACGACCGCGACAGGUUGAUGGAUGAGUUGGUCGGGACCAAACGAGCGGUUGAGUCCAGACAAGGUUCGAGCCCAGAGACCUCCUCCUCCUCCACGAGUGUGGAAAAGUCUGAAGGAGGCGGCGUCAGUUUCCUCCAGAGUGAGAGAGACGGGCGGAAGAUGAACGAGCUUCAACAAACUCGCAGGAGCCCAGAUGAAGAAAUCAGCAGCUCUCAGGAAGAAGCAGCGAAUCUGAGUUGGACGGACAAAGACAGGAAGGACUCACCUCAAGUCAAACAUGAAGCGGUCGCUCUGUCUGGUGCGAGUGUGACGGAGGAGGUGGUGAGGCGGUUGGAGGCAGAGAGGGUUCAGCUUCACAGAGAUCUUCAGCGCUGCGUGUACGAGAUCCAACAACGAGACCAGUACUUCCAGCAGCUCAACGCCAAGCUGCAGCAGGCCGUCGAGGAGAAAGGUGCAGUCGCAGCUCAGCUGAGGUCCGUGUCCCAAACGCUGAGGGACACACAGAACCGCUGCCACUGGCUGGAAAGACAAGGACAAGCUCAGGGGUCAGUAUAUGCUGAGGUUGCACCAGGAGCUCCACAGGAGAGAAGCGACGACUCAAUGAUUCCUGAACCUGACGAAGCCAAUCAGCUGCGAGAGAGGCUUCUUGAGCUGGAGCAGAUUCUGGCAGAUGAGAGAACCAGGAGAGAAACAGCGGAGGAGUCUCUGCGUCUCGCUGAGGACCGAGCAAAGAGUGUGGACACUCAGAGAGAUUUCAGUAUUGAGAUGGAGACAGAGGACGAGUGGGACGCUCUGAGUCUGGACCCCAACCAACCUCUAAUAACACGCCAGGUGAAAGGCGGCAUGGCGGCGUGUCGACGAUGGCUCAGAGGGCGGAGCCUCUACUUCUCAAGGCUGCUGACGAGCCGCGCCCGCUCUCGACACCUCUUCCUCUUCUACCUUCUCACGAUACACGUGCUGGUCCUCCUGUGCCUCACUGGAGCCCUCUAGUGACGCGAUGCUGGAACUAACAAGCUCGAGGUUUAAAAGCUGAAGUCUGUAUUUGUUUUUUCUGAAAAGUUUUUUCUCCACGUUCUCGUUCAGUCGCACAUUUUCCUGGUUCAGGUUCAGCACAGCUAUUUUGACGUUAAGGUUAAUGUUGACUACGUGCGGAUUCAGUUUGAACUUUUCACUCGUUCAUUUAAUCAUUAAUCAUUUCAGUUGUUUUUUCAAUCGAAACAAAACAUUAUUGAUCAGAAUCAAAGAACUGGUUUGAUUUGUUUAGAUUAUUUCAGUAGAUUUUCUAGAUACAUUUUAUUUUGGAACUGAGGCCUUUAGAAACCACACGCCUCUUUCUUCAUCAUCGUAUUCUCUUCCUUCUUCUCCUCCUCCAUCCUCUUCUUCUUCUUCUCCUCUUCCAUCUUCUUCUUCUUCUUAUCUUUCUUCAAACACAUUAUUAAUAUUAUUGUUAUUAAUAUUUUUGUGGCUUGUUGCCUUGGGACGUGGUCAGAGACUGAACUUCUGCGGAUGAUGUAUCAUUAUGAAAACACUUCCUGUUUCGACACGACGUUAUGAAAUCCAUUUCCUGUCCAGCUCCACGUUCUUCACCUGAGAACAAACGUCUCGUCUGUCGUUCGCAUAAAAUCCUGCUUCUCAGACGCGAUGCUGAGUUUAAACUAUGCACUGAAGAAAACACUCAUGUAAUUAUCUCAUACGAGCUCAGCAGCGCCCCCCCCCGUCACCCUGAUACCUUUAAACUGUAGAGCCUGUGUGUGUGUGUGUGUGUGUGUGUGUGUGU